AUAAAAUUGCAUCGUAAUUUUAGAUAAAUGAUUUUUAGUUGUAUAACAAAAAUGUUUUAAUCUGUUAUUUUUUUAUUAUAUUCUCUAAUGUAUUUAACUAGUGUUAGCAUAUUAUAUUAUUGUUUAACGGGGUGGGUUUAAAGCCCGUGAGAUACAUCGCACGAGUCACCAAAUCAAGACCAAGUUCACAAGGCCGAGGAUGUUGGCGAAGAAGGCGAGAAUAUUUCCACAAACAGAGGCCUGAACAAGCCACAAAUGCUAAUACAGUACCUGCCUGAUCUUUGUACGACGAUAAGUAAAUGAGGACUUUGACAUAGCAGAACCUUAACCUGUCGCUGUUACUCGUAUAACUCACCAGCGAAUAAGUCACGUUGCACAAUUAGAUGCAGUGGUGCGUACAGUGAAGUGGAUACUAUACUCGACCCAGUGGACGUAUACCAAACGUGCCUGGAACUUUUGGACGAGCAUACCGUCAAAUCCCUCCAUGCCGUCAACCGACAAUGCAAGUGUUUGGUAAAGUUAAUCGCGGGAUACGGACACGAUACAGAACAAGGAAUGACGCCAUUAAUAGCUCAACUACGCUGUUGACGAACAACACCCUUAUUCAGAAUUUAUAAAGACUGGCUUACAUCACCAACAUUAACUCAUUAUCAGCCGAUGGUCGACAACUGCUAAGCUCUUGGGGUCGCUGCCAAUUAUACAUACUUCCAUUUAUCGGCCAGUCUGCAGUGUGCACCACGAGCAGAUAAAGUUCGCAAUAUAGGAAAACAACACCCUCAAUCAGAAUUUAUAAAGACUGGCUUACAUCACCAACAGUAACUCAUUAUCAGCCGAUGGACGACCACUUAUAAAUGUAGGCCUCUUGGGGUCGCUGCCAAAUACAUACUUCCAUUUAUAUGUAGAGCAUCGUCGGUCAGUCUGCAGGAUGCACCACGAGUAGGUGAAGUUUGCAAUCGAGGAGCCUUUCUCUUACACCCAACUUACUUUUAGACAGAAGAAAACAUGUGUGAAUUUGUAAAAGUUGCCAAGGGGAUGAUCUGACGGAAAAAGUUGAAUUCCACAUGGCUAUCGGUUUACUAGAUAGACGUGUGAAAAUUCUUUAACCGGAAACCCAUUAAUUCAUUUGAAGAGCUGCUCGAGCGAGCACUAUCCGUUGAAGAUUCCCUCAUUGAAGAGCAAAGUCCUAAAUAGGAAACAAAUGAGCAACUUUUCUUUCUGAGCGAGUUAGAUGAAAAAAGUGUUUGGGCUUAAAGUUAAAACUAGAUAAACCUACCUCGUUAAAAUGUAAUAAUUAGACAUACCUAGCAUGUAAAAUCUUUGUACUUAGGUAGGUAGGUACAUUGUAUGGUAGGUAUUCACCAAACUUCUAGCUCGCACUCCGUCGAAUUGCGCACUGCUGCAAAAGAAUUUAUUACAUUACACAUCCAUAGGUACGUCUCGAUUCAGAGCGAACUAGAAGUUUAACGUUAUUUAAAAAAUAUUAUGUUUUGUUAUAAUAUGUGUUGUAGUUAUUGAGUAGGUACUUAAAUAAAUAAACAUUUAUAUGCGUAGUGCAUCAACUUGACAAAAAUUGCAAAGAGUUCUAUUUCUAAGGGCCACCUCUGUGGCUUUAACCGCUUUUUGUAAGAACAACAGACAGGGCAACGAUAUCCAUAUUAUUAUAGCAUUUCAUAAUUAUAAAUACAUAAUAUAAUACCUAGUUAAGCCAGCUAAAUAAUUUCGUUAUGUAGGUUUGCGUUAUUAGAGAUAUUAUGUUUAAGAUACCUAUAAUUAUCAAUAAAUACGAAGUAAGGGAUGUUUUUAAUUUACCCUAAAGUGAAAUAAUUUCGUUAGGAAGGUUGCAUUAUUAUAGAUUUAAUAUAAUAUCUAAGUACUUAUAAGUGUUCAUCAAUAAAUAUAAAGUAAGGGCUGUUUUUAAUUCACCCAAUAGCUAAGCUAGCGAUAUUUCUGUUAGUAAGUAUAAAAUGCAUAUUGUGAAUUAUGAUAACUAUCCAAUUGUUUCCCCUUUUUUCUCCUCGUGUGCCCGGCUUAGCGUGAAUAGUUUUAAAGCGAUUGUGGAUCUAGUGUCUUCCGAACUCCGCUUUUGUAGGCCUAGUGGUGUAGCUUCGUUCAUCGGCAAGGCUGAGGUACAUUUUGCUGGUGGAGGACGCGAGUACGCAGUGGCAGUGGCGGUGGCGAGUUGCAGGCGUCAGAAGCUAGAUCUACAACAGUUUACAAACAUCAAGACCAAAAUCCAUGUCGACAGCAAUAUAAACAAACCACAAAAUCAUAUUACAACAGCCAUGGGCUAUAGCAGACACUAACAUACUAAAUUGUUUUAAUAUUACUCAACUUUUCUAAAGCUAUGUUGAAAUUGACACACAGUUUUUGCAGAUACACCAGGCUUACAUGUGAGAGUGUUAGCUAUAGUACUAUUGUGGGAGACUUAAAACGUGCUCGAGGAAAUACAUGUUUUUCAUGGAAAAGUUCACAACUGCUUAGCCCUUUAAUUCUCUCAAACAUUCAAUUGCGGCUGAUGCCUAACAUAACGAAGAGGUUCCGUAUAAACAAUUCCUAUGUCAAUGCAAAUGCAACUAAGAUACAUAAACAAAUGAAUAAUUCAACACAUCCAUCUGUAUCAAAUUAUUUUGAUGAAAGCCAGUUUGAAAUUUCUUCAGAUAGCAGCUCAUCAAGAAAGAGACGUGCUGAUUCUGAUAGCGAUGACCAGAAAUCCUGUGAUAUUCCAACCAAUUUCCGGAUAUGGGAAACAGUGGGGAAGAAAAGUGCAUGCUAUGAAGGAUUCAGUUUUAGAGUGGUAUCAUACAAUGUACUGGCGCAAUACCUCUUAGAAUGCCAUCCGUACCUGUACACAGGAUGCGGUCUACGAAAUCUCAAAUGGAAGAUACGCGCCGCCAGAAUUUACGACGAGAUACUGAGCUUGUCACCUGAUAUAUUUUGCCUACAAGAGGUCCAAGUCUCUCAUUUGGACAGUUUCUAUAGAAAAUUCGAAGCGUUAGGCUAUUGCGGUGUUUUUAAACAGAAAACUGGUCAAAGGCAGGAUGGAUGCGCGAUAUACUUCAAGCGGUCACUAUUUGAAAUGCAAGACCAUGUUAGUGUGGAGUAUUACCAACCUGAGAUGCCGAUCCUGAACAGGGAUAACAUUGGGUUGAUGGUGAAGUUGUCUCCAAAGUGCACGCCCAACACGCCGAUAGUGGUUGCCACAACCCACCUCCUGUACAACCCGAAGCGGACCGACGUCCGGUUGGCGCAGAUGCAAGUGUUGUUGGCCGAAAUUGACAGAUUCGCUUACAUCAACGACGGUAAAGAAUCGAACUAUCUGCCAAUAAUAUUAACUGGAGACUUAAACUCAACACCCGACAGUGCUGUUGUUAAAUUACUGGAUAAAGGAUAUGUAAGUGCGGAACCCUUCAGAGAUAACUCUGAUUGGAAGAAGAUUGGUGUCACAGACAACUGCCAGCAUCUCUCCGUGUAUCUGAACAGGCAGAGGGGAAUUGCCACCGAUUUUAGUAUGACAAAGAUAUACAACUCUGAUUACACAGCUGGCUCAUCCGACGUGACUACAGACACACAAAAUCACAAAGAACUAUUCAAUAGUGGUGAUUUAGCGUAUCCCUUGAAUUUGAAGUCGGUUUACCACAAAGUUAAAGUUAACGGCCAUUUUGAAGCGACUACUUUCCAAGAUUAUUGGGUCACUGUGGAUUACAUAUACUUUAGUGGAUUCAACUCUUUGAAGCUGGUAGAGCGGCUGCGACUGCCCACCGUCACGGAGUGCGAAGUUCUCGGCAAAUUGCCCAACAACCGGUUCGGUUCCGACCAUCUGGCGCUAGCGGCGACCUUCGAACUGCAGUGUGUUAAAUCUUCCUUAUAAAUGGCGUAUUUGUAGACCACGGGUCUCUGGGAAAGCUACUGACAAUGGCGGUAACAGAGUUUUUAGAUGGGGUGUGCAGGAUGAUAGGACGAUUGACGAUGUUGUCAUAUAUAUUUAUGGUUUAAUAUAUGGUUAACAAACGCAAAUAAUAGGGGAACGUCAGGUCUGGAAAUGGCUGCAGCGCCAAUAAUUAUAUGUUCAUGAAGAAACUCUUUCGUUUGUAUAAGCAAUAUGCAUGUGAUCCGAAUUGUAGCCAAAUAUUUUUCUUUGUAUACCUACCACAAUAUUUUUUUUAAAUGCUGUUACUGUUUAAAAAACAGUUUAAAAAAACAAAUUUUGAAUUUGAGUUCUAAAAUGAACUAGCGAACUUUGCACUAUAUUAAAUUCCCUGGACAUUCAACACACUAAAACAUACGCUAUUGAAAUGACGUAAGCAAUAAUGCGAGCGCAUUAUAAAUUGUAGCAUUUGAUAGAAUGUCUUUGACAUUAGUGACGUCACGGUACACUCUAGCAUGGCCCACUAAAAGCAAUAAAGCGCACUAGGGUUCGCUAAAAUGGUAUUUUGGAAAUCAAAAUUCAUCCAAAUUUUGAUUACUUUGGUCAAAUCCAUAUGUCGGACAUUUUAAGUGUUUUAACCAUUUUAAUUUUAGUAUUUUUACCAAUUUGAUAUUUUUCAUAGUUUUGCAAUAUCACAGAUUAAAAAUGUGGAGAAAAUACUUGGAUAAAAAAAUGAUUAUAUCAUUAUACUAUCUCUCUAGGUAUUCUAUGGUCAUUUUAUUAUUGCACUCAUUUUACUUUAGAAAUGUAUGAUGAUUUUGUUGUUGUAAUUGGUAAUUUUGUACGGGAGUUGGUUGGUAAUUUUAGGCGGUAAGAAGUCUAUAGUAUCAACUAUUAUAUUAUUAUAUAGUAUGUUAAAACAAUUAUGUACAAAUCGAAAAAAGCAAUACUUUUAGAUUUUGAUAAUAGACUAAGAUAGAUUUAAAUAUAAUAUUUGUCACCAUAUACCACGUUUGAACAGCGAGCGUCGUGGUGACAGCCGACAGGUGUAGUGCCACAAACUUAUCUGACCCGGUGGCCAAAACUGGAAGUAAUUGGUUGAGUUUGCUUGAGUUUUUCGUUUGAGGACGAAUUCAGAAGUCGCACAUUUCUCUGAAAACGCUCAAACCUGAGGCGGGUAAUUAGCCACGCACUAAUCAGCCACUUGGCAGGGGUGUCCGAUUCCUGCCUAAGGCUGAAAUGAAAUUCAGGGUGACCAUCGAAUUGAAGGGGCGGGGGGAGAAAUCUCCCCAAUGUCAACAGUUCCAAAUUUUUGGCCGACCCAUUAAGAUCCCACGCAGCUGUGGCAAAGCGAGCGAUAAAGCCUGCAAGGUCAUGAGAAAGGAGGAAAGGAAAAGAGGUAUCUCUCUCUCUCUACUCUCGGCUACUGCCAACGCGCCUAAACCCAACUUUGGAGUUGACGAAGUCUCCUCCAGAGGACAUGUCUAUAUAGGCACGGAAGCCCUGGUGCGGCGAGACGUCGAACUGGACAACACUCCCUAGGAAUCCCUUGCAAGGAGUAAGGGUCCAGGCUGGGAGUGAAAAACUCCAAGUACAGACCACCGACCGAGGACUUCCAUAACACUGAUCUCCAGCCGUUUUUCGAGUCACAGUGCCCUAAAUUGGUCGUGGGUGACUUCAAUGCAAAACACUCAGCUUGGAGGUCGUGCGUGACUACUACGACUAAAAGGGUGCUACUGGACGACAGCAAGCGCUGCCAUUAUAAGGUGUUGGGUCCGUCCGACCAACAUCCUAACGUAUCCCAAGAGGCAGCCCGACGUACUGGACACCGUGGUACCGGAUUGACCACCCGCUCAGUGUCGACGUCGUAUAUCUAAUUGAACACCAACUGAUACUGGUCACCCGGCGCCUCCUCAGCCUCUCAACCUCCGGCGCAACUGUACGAUACCGAUACCUCCUAGGACCUCAACAGACUAGGAGAAAGCCGCGCUGUCGAAAUUCGCAGGCCCCUUAUCGCUGGAGAUCGACUGAGCCGCCAAGAACGAGGUCACGUCGGUCGUCGAAAAUAACUAACGAGCUUGUAUAGGCGCGGUCUCGCUGCGAUAUUGCGAUGGCUCUAGGGAACCACGCUGCCGAUGACUGCCUCUACAACAACCGAGCACAUCGUGGCGAACUAAAAUCAUUUCGAAGUACAUUAUGCUAAAAUCGCGACAACAGCGACUUCACCGGGCCAGGUAAGUUUCUGGCACCAUAGUCACCGUGAAAAAAAAGUAUAUCACCAAGAGCAUGCCUUAUUGUAUUGUUUUAUUAAACAUAACUAAUUUAUCACAUUUUAUGAUAAAUUGUCAAUUUUAAAUCUGUAAGAAAAUAUAUUAUAUCAAUUUAAAUACAAUUAUGACAGUUAAUAAAUUCAUCACUGUACCUACAUAUUUUUAUAUAUACAUAUUUAAUUUAAUAAAUUUUACACUAGCAAAAGCAGAACGCGGUUGCUCUCGCGUAGUUCCCGUUCCUGUGGGAACAGGGACCGUUACAGGGAUACAGGGAUAUAACAUAGUCAGCUUUGUUCAUCAAGAAUAAUGGUGGAUUGUAAUGGUGAAAGAAAUUUUCAAAUCGGUCUGGUACUUUCAUAGCCUAUUUAAUUUCAAACAAAAAAUCAAUACUUUCCUUUUUAUAAUUUUAUUUUUCUAUAGUUAAUAAUUUUAAUUGACAAUCUACAAUUUUAAUAUUUCUAGUAAAUAAACUUUAAAAACAUAGCGCUUGUGAUAAUUUGGCAAUUUUUGUGUGUAUUUAUUAAAACACGCUAUACUCACGUAUAUAUUCGUAAAAUAUGGACGAACAUAAAUAAAAAUACUGCCCAUAAAUAAAAAUCUCUCUAAUAAAAUCUAAAAUUUAUCUACAAGAAAAGCAUUUUUUAAUAAAUUUUGUGUAAUGUGUAGUGUAGUUAAAGGUCAUGUUCUGAAAUGGUUUUAAUUGCCUACAAAUAAGCAAUAUUAUGAUAAAAUAAGAUUUAGUGAAAUCGAUAAAAAAUAGCUAGGUAUUAAAAAAAAAUCCGUGUAAGUUGUCGAAAAAAAAAUAUUUUGGCGUAAUUUUCACGUCAAAAAACAGUAACUACCGAAUAAUUUUUCACCACUAUAUUUAAAGCUAACUGCUUACUUAUAAUUCGCACCAGGUUUAUUUUUUAAUACAUAAUCAAGUCGAUAAUAAAUAAAAUAAAAUCUAUUUGAUAAUUGUCAAACUCCUUUGAUCCGUCAUUAAUUCUGAAAAAAAAAAACGGAUUGUCUUUACAGACUUUUAAGGGAUUACAAUGGAUGAUGGAUGGAUGGAUGAUGGAUGGAUCUUUUCGUUUAUUUCUUUCUCUGUCUAUGCAUCAAAAAAAAACCUUAAACGUGCCUUAAAACAAAUAAGCAAUAUUACAGAUUAGUCUUAAAGUACGAAGUUUUACGAACAAGGGAAACUGUACUAGAGGUCAUUAACUACAUAAUGUGCAAGUGACGUAAUGUCUUUCAGACCCAGAGUUCCAAUUUUUAGUAAUAUUUUUAUCAUUGACCUCUUAUAAUAAAAGGACGCACAAUCAUGUAGAAAAUUUCACUUAAAAACUGGCCAAUUUUACUUUGGCAGUUUUAGAAUUAUUGGUAAAGAAAAUUAUGCCUAAAGGCCUUUUAAUAUAGCCCAAUAUUCAAUAAACUCCCAAAUUUAGAGCUAAUUAAACCUUAAGGAUUGAGUUUAAGGUUGAAUUUGCAAAUGCGACUACUUGAAUUGUGUGCCAAGAAGUUGUGUUUGGCACUCAUUGAGUGGGAACGUUUUUUGGUCGCUGAUUGUGCAUCCACUUUUUAAUAGGAGAUCGAUGG